AACAGUGGAUCACUUCGCAAGAGGCUAAGCGUUGGUCUUGGCAGACAGACAGCAGUCAACCUACACACAUCCAUGGUGCAACUGUUUUUAUGCACUCAUAAUAUUAAUGUGCGCGCGCUCACACACACACACAGAGGACAAUCUAAGUCUGCUUCUCUCCCUCCGGUGACUGUCCCAUGCCUUUCCUUAGCCGCUAUGAGCCAUGCGAGCCGAGUGAAGAGCAGCAGGCAGGCAAGGCACGCCCAGCAGCACCACGCCAACCACAUACAGCCCACGCUGUUUGGCAACACCGCCGUUUUAUUUAAGUCGCCUGUCUCCCCGCCAAGGUGUUCAGUCAUCGGCCAACUGCCACUGUCGUGUCCUUCACGCUGGUCACCACACUGUAGAGUCCAAUAAGGAUGACAUAAGAGGCUGCUGGGUGAUUUCUCUGCAGUGUGCCCAAGCUCCACUGGGAGUUCUCUAGACAAACACUUCGAAUUCGCCUUGGGAAACAGACUGCAUUCUGCGUCCAUUUAUUUUGUCGGAUUGGGAUUUUGCAAUCACUGGAAAGGUUUUUAGAUGAAAGACCAUCAAGUCUUCUGCACCACGUGGCUAUUAAGCUAAAAGCUCGGCCGUCGCGACUGUGGCGAGUCACUUACUCCUCUCUCCCUGGUGUCCAUGAUGUGGGGGACUUGGCGGUGGGUCAUCAGUUCACGCCGAGUGUGUAGUGCUGACGGUUUGUUCAGAUGGCUGGUGCUGUGAAAUGAGAUUUCCUACGAAUCCUUAGUGGUCGUAAUUACAGUAGUUAAGGAGCGUCGAAGAAAUAAAAUACAGGCCGUAAACAGGAUUAGCAUCAGUAAUGAGUUCUUUGGCAACAGAAAAGGCCAUGCCGGCGUUCAGUUUGGUGGAGGAGGAGAACCUGUCUGUCAACCAGACUGAGAUGUUUUCUGGUAACACUACAGGCAAGAAUGUAGGUCCCUCCCCCAUUGCACUGAAUGUGGGGGCAGUAAUCAUGUUGCUGGCGUUGCUGUGGGGAAUAUUUGCCAAUGCUCUCACCUCCACAGUCAUCCUCAUGCAGCGAGACCUGAAGAACAUCACCAACAUCUUCAUCGUCAGCCUGUGCAUCAACGAUAUCAUCAACCUGAGCAUCAACAACCUCCUCGUUCUCGUAUCUUACUUCAUGAUGAGCUGGACCAUGGGGGCCGCCGUGUGCGAGAUGAUCAUGCACUUCGCUGUCCUGCUGAUGGGGUCAUCCCUCUGGCACACGGGCCUCAUCUCCAUCCACAGACUUAUCGUCGUCGUCUUCAACAACUUCUACAAGAAGAUCUCCAAACGGGCGUACACCAUUUUCGUGCUGGUGGCGGCGCGUGUCGUGCCCAUGCUGUUUCUCAUCACCCCGCACCUGGGCGAGAUGUCCGAGUACCAGCCCAAGCUGCUGCGCUGCCUGGUGCGCCGCGAGCACGGCCUCUACACUAUGCUGGUCAGCGUGGUGUUGAUGAUGCUGCCCUCCGUCAUCCUCAUCGUCUGCUACGUUGCCAUCUUCGUCAAGGUGCACCAGUCGUCCAGCGCCUUCCGCGCCACGCGCAAGCGGGAAUGGCUGCGGCGCGAGAUCCAGAUCACUAAGAUGUUCGGCAUGGUCUUCCUGCUCAUCAUCUUCGGCUACCUUCCCUACGGCAUCGUCCGCUUCAUCGACCGGCGCCUCGAGUUCAGCGCCGACUUCUACGUGGUGAUCUCGGUGCUGUACGCCGUAGCCAACAGCUGCAACCCCAUCAUCUACGGAGUCAUGGACCGCAGGAUUCGCCAUUCAUGCUUUCGCGCGCUGGGACUGGAGCAGCACUGCCUGAAGGACGGGCAGAAGCUGAAAGAAGGCACGCAGUGUAACGGGGACAACGAGACCAACACGGAGGCUGUCCCACUCAACAGCUCGCCGCCCAAGAAAAGUCCUUCCAGCCGGAGCGACGUAUGACUGAGGAGUGACUGGGAGGAUAUUUGUAAGCAUGUCAACGUAUCGGAAGUGUGAGACUCCUGACCAGCUUCAGCUCCGAGCGGACAGUCCAACAAGAGACAACUUUCUCAAGGAGUAAAUUGUGUUCAGUAAAGUGACUCUGGGUGGGGAUGGAAGUUGGGAUUUUUUUCCUCGUCAGCGCAAGCAGUUUUUUUUUUAUUUUAGCCUGCAGGUAGAACGUGAAAUCCGAGAAUUGCUCGAGCCAUGCAGCGCAAAAGUAUAUUAACUUUCUUGGGAAAAAGAAGAAGUUAAACGCCCGGGCAAGAGCCACAGGGAAAGCCGCAGCCCGUGGAAGCAGGCCACCUGCAGACAAUGACACCACCAAGCUCGUCCUUCUGACUCUACCAUCGCAAGCAGAGACUUGUGUCUCGUUUGUUUUGCCAAGUGAUUUGUUGAUCGACUUUAGGAGUAUGGUUCUUUGAGAUGUCAUUUGACUCUUUUCCCUGUUCAAAAGUUGCUUGACAACGCGUUGCAAACUUUGUGUGAAUUGUGAUUUAUUUUAACAGCUCUUGAUGUAACUGGCUCUUA